AUGUUGUUUGUUGUAUUUUUGCUUAUUUUUCAAUCUUGUUAUUCAUUGAUUGAUAAAAAUAAUGAACAAUGUACAAAAGAUUCUUGUUCAUCAUUAACAUCUUCGACAUAUUAUUUGUUGUAUGAUGUUAAUCAUGGAGAAGGUUUUAAUUUACGUCGAGAUGUUUAUAUAAGAAUGGCUAAUCUUAUACAUACACUUCGUGAACGUACAUCAUCAGAAUCAAAUUGGAUACUUGUUCUUCCACCGUGGGGUCCUCUUUAUCAUUGGUUUUCUUACAAUCUUCAACGGACUCAAUUAAAAUGGUCAAAUUUUUUUGAUAUUACAAGUCUUUCACGUUUUAUACCUGUUAUUGAAUUUGAAGAUUUUCUUCAUUUAUCAUCAUCAUCAACUUCCAUGAUAACUAUUCCAUAUGUUUAUACAUUACAACAUUUUAGUGAAGGAUGGGGAGAGCAUUUCGAAGAAAAAUUAGAAAUACGUAAAUGUAAUGAAGAAGCUAUGUAUAAAAAAAACGAUGAUAAUUAUUACUAUGGAUGGUUUUUUGGCUAUGAAAAUCGUGUACGUGCUAAACAAUUUCAAUGUCUAUCAGCUCAAGGUUUUAUUACUGUACUUGUAGAUUAUUUACUUAAAAAUAUAACAUGGCCACAAGAUUCAGAUGAUAAGCAUUUAACAAAAAGUAUUAUGUUUGAUCGAGCUGAAACAUUAUUACAUGUAGAUUAUGGUGGUUAUAAUUAUUGGCGAGCAAGACGUAGUAUGAGAUAUGCAACACACUUACUAGAUCUUGGCAAUCGUUUUCGUGCUGAUUAUUUAAAUUCAACGGAUGUAAAUGAUCGUACUGUACUUAUUGAUGAUUGGACUAAAAUGAAACGUCAUCAUGGUCAUGCAAUUGGUGGUCCUUAUCUUGGUAUUCAUCUUCGUCGUCUUGACUAUGUUAAAGCACGACCAGGACAUGUUCCAUCUCUUGAACAUGCUGCUCGACAAGUGUGUUAUCAUCUAAAUCGUUUAAAUCUAUCAGUUGUUUUUAUUGCAACAGAUACCAAUGAAAAUGAAAUUAAUAUACUUCGUCAGCAUGCUUAUCGUAUAUGUAAUAUAUCAACCAAUCAAAUAUAUACUUAUAGACCAAAGGAAACAAUUUUAGAGAAAAUAUUAGAUGGCGGUAAAGCCAUUGUUGAUCAAUGGAUAUGUGCACAUGCACAUUAUUUUAUUGGUAGUUAUGAAUCAACAUUUAGUUUUCGAAUACAAGAAGAUAGAGAAAUAUUUGGUUUUGAAAAAGAUUUUACUUUUAAUCGAUUAUGUGGUGAUCAUGAAGGUAUUUCAUGUGAAAAAUCAACUAUAUGAGAUAAUGGCGCUGGAAAAACAGCAGGAACAACUCACGAGGGUAGUUUUGUGGAUCGUAUGUUACACUCUAAUAAACAAAUGGUUGUGUUUUAUGGUUCACAAACGGGUACAGCAGAAGAUUUCGCACAACGUAUUGCUAAACAAGCUAAACGUUAUGGCAUAUCUGCAGCUGUUUGUGAUCCAGAAGAAUGUGACAUGGAAGAAUUACAACGUUUAAUAACGAUUGAUAAACAUUUAGCUUUAUUUUGUUUGGCAACAUAUGGUGAAGGUGAUCCAACAGAUAAUGCUCAAGAAUUUUAUGAAUGGUUGCGUGAAGAUGGACGAGAUUUGAAUAAUUUACAUUAUGCUGUAUUCGGUCUUGGUAAUAAAACAUAUGAACAUUAUAAUGCUGUUGGAAAAUAUGUUGAUAAACGUUUGACUGAAUUGGGUGGUGUUCGUGUAUGUGAAUUAGGUCUUGGUGAUGAUGAUGGAAAUAUUGAAGAUGAUUUUAUGGCAUGGGCAACUGUAUUUUGGCAAAGUGUUUGUCAAAAAUAUGAGCUUGUUAUAAAUUCUGAUGGAAGCUCAAUGAAACAAUAUAAAAUUGUUCAAGGACCAUUUCCACCUGAAACUGUUUUUACUGGUGAAAUUGGUCGAUUGAAAUCAUAUGAAAGACAAAAACCACCAUUUGAUAUUCGUAAUCCAUAUUUAGCACCAGUUGUUGGUAGUCGUGAAUUAUUUCAAAAUGGUUGUGCUCGUUCUUGUCUGCAUCUAGAAUUGGAUAUAUCAAAUACACGUAUAAAAUAUGAAGCCGGUGAUCAUGUUGCUGUAUUUCCAUCAAAUGAUGAUUCUUUAGUUAAUCGUAUUGGUGAAUUACUCAAUGUUAAUCUCGAUGAAGUUAUUUCACUUGUUAACGUCGAUGAGGAUGCCCAAAAGAAAAAUCCAUUUCCAUGUCCAUGCAGUUAUCGUACGGCAUUAACAUAUUAUUUAGAUUUAACAAGUAUGCCAAAUACACAAAUACUUAAAGAAAUAGCACAAUAUGCAACAGAUGAAAAUGAAAAAGCUCUAUUAACAUUAAUGGGUUCAUAUAGUGAAGAAGGAAAAAUUAAAUAUAAAGAAUGGGUUCUUGACAGUUGUCGUUCAAUAAUUGCUAUUCUUGAAGAUUUACCAUCAUUAAAACCUCCCCUUGAUCAUCUUUGUGAAUUAUUACCACGUUUACAUCCACGUUAUUAUUCAAUAUCAUCAUCACCAAGAGUUCAUCCAACAUGUGUUCAUAUAACAGCUGUUAUUGUUCAUUUUGAAACACCAACAAAACGUAUUGCAAAAGGCGUUGCAACAAAUUGUUUUAAAGAAUUAUAUAUUCGACAUCAAGCAUUAGGUUUUGCUCAACAUAAUGAAGAAAAUCAUUGUCAUGUACCUGGUCGGUUUCCAAUUUAUAUACGUAAAUCAACAUUUCGUUUACCAUUUAAAUUUCAAAUACCAGUUAUUAUGAUUGGUCCUGGAACGGGUUUAGCACCAUUUCGUGGAUUUAUACAAGAACGUCAUUAUUAUAAAACUCAAGGCAAACCAGUUGGUGAAACAAUUCUUUAUUAUGGUUGUCGAAAUCGAGCUGAAGAUUAUUUAUAUGAAGAAGAAUUAAAUUAUUUUAUCAAUGAAAACGUACUUGAAUUACAUGUAGCUUUUUCACGUGAUCAAGAAGAAAAAAUUUAUGUAACACAUUUAUUAAAAGAUCACGGACAAAGAAUAUGGAAAUUGAUUAAAGAAGAUAAUGCUUCAAUAUAUGUUUGCGGUGAUGCUAAAAAUAUGGCUAGAGAUGUGCAUUCUAUAUUAAUAGAUAUUGCUCAAACAUAUGGUAAUAUGACAUCAGAAAAAGCAGGUACAUUCAUUAAAGAGCUAACACAAAAAGGACGAUAUUCACAAGAUGUAUGGAGUUAA